AUGGCGGCUGUAGCCGUAGUGGACACACACAUUUGUGGAGCAUGUCACAUGCACUUCAACGAUGUCCAGAUGUUCCUUCAGCACAAACAACAGGGAUGUCUACAACAGAGUGCUACCACAGCAGAUGGCUCUCUUCAAGGGCCUCACCAGGGAAUGUUGUCUGCUGCCGGUGCAACCCACCCUUUGGAUUCCCAAAACCACUUGCCUCGACCGAAAGGGUUGAAGUACACAAGUGUUGAUAGAGUACAAGUGUCUUCUGCAAAUGAACAUGGAAAUAUUACAAGUGUUGAUAGCUUUGGUACUUCUCUGUAUCACCAAGGGCAACAGCCACAGCAGCAACAACAACAACAGCGACAUGUGGACUUACAGUCAUCCAUGAUACUGGAUGGUCCACAAGAGUUGGAGAAUUCUGACUCUCUUAUUGAUGGCAGUGGGAUGGCUUCAGCCACUGGACAAAGCUUGAACCAGAUCUCACACACUUCGUUGACAGUUCCUGUAUCAGUGCAAGAAAAAACGACAAUUUUCAAUUCAAGCACCCUAGAAUCAGAUAGCACAAGAUUAAGCGAACCACUUCAAAAAGCAUGUGUACAAGGAUCGACAAACAGUGAAACGCAUGAACUUGAAGUUCCAGUGAAUCAGAGUUUGACAGAAGCAAUCCCACCAGAACUAUCUGCAGGUUUCAGUCAGGACAACAUCAGCCAGUCUAAUGGAACUAACACAAACUUCAUACAGGUAGAGAAUGAUAUAACUUUGUCUGAGAAAAAUUCAGUGUUCUCUCCACCGAGAAAUUUGAUUUCACAAACAAACGCUACUGACAAGAUCCUUCACACAGUCCUAGAAGUGUCUCCACCUUUUGUGUCCUCAUCGCAGCAAAACAGAGGUCAGUUUACAACAUACAAAAAACAGCACAGCUUACCGAACAAGAAGUUCAAAUGUUCGUACGAGGGAUGCAACUUCUUCACGGCCUACUGUAAAGAUUUGAAGCGCCAUAUACGAACUCAUACUGGUGAACGGCCAUUCACAUGUGAAUAUUGCAACAAGUCAUUUAACAGAAGUGACAAGUUGAAAAUUCAUAUGAGGGGCCACACUGGGGACAAACCUUAUGCAUGCCAGAUCUGUAAUUACGCGUCAGCAGACAGCAGUAGUCUGAAGAAACACUUAAGAAUUCACACCGAUGAGAGGCCGUUCAAGUGUCAGAUAUGCCCGUACGCUAGUCGCAAUUCUAGUCAGCUAAUCGUCCACCUGCGCACUCACACAGGAGAUUCCCCAUUCGAAUGUCAGUUCUGUGACGCCAAGUUCAAGAUCAACACGGACUUAAAGCGACAUAUGCGGAUCCACACAGGAGAAAAACCGUACCAGUGUGACAAAUGUGACUACAAAUGUUCUAUCAAAGGAAAUUUGAAAAGUCACAUUCGUAUCAAUCAUGCCAUGGACCCACUGAUGAAGUGUGAACAGUGUGACUUCAGUACAUCUUCAAAAAAGGGUUAUAAGGAACACCUAAAAACCCACAACCCUGACACACCUGCCAGGUGUGCUACCUGUAAUUACUUAUGCUCAGGUAAAACUGCCCUUAAAAACCAUAUGCGGGUUCAUAGCGACGACAGGCCAUUUCGCUGUGAGUUUUGCAGCUACACUUCAAAACAGAAUGGAAACGUUAAAACGCACACCAGAAAACGCCACCCGGAGAAAAUUCGCAGCAAGAAAACCAAACUUCAGACAAAUAAGAGAUCGUCAGAUGCCCACCAUUCGGGUAUCGCUAUGAGCGAGGAAGCUCAUCCUAUUCGCUCCAGACGAAGGACACUCUGCCGCCAAGGUUUCCAGUGUGAUCAAUGUAAUUCAUCCUUUGUGCGAGCGGACUCACUUCGGAGUCACAUUCGGCAGCAUAAAGAAAUCCGUCUGAAGAGUACAGCAUUGGCAGUGCUGGAUUUACAGCACCCUGUCAUAGCAGGCACAGAUACUUCAACAUCUACUGCCCCUACUGAAGGUACUGGAGGUCCAGCACAAGUGAGUCAAGCUGCCCUUGCCUCUCUAGGCUCCUCUGGUUAUAGGGUGUUUGGGCAAACAGCUGCUCAGAGCACACAGGGGCCUCUCACAUCUCAACCCCUGUCUGACCCUCUGAUGGCACAGCCAGGCAGCUCUUACAUAUACACUGUCCCACAAUGCAGUGUCGGUAUAGUGACCUCGUCCACAUCACAGACGGUCUCUCACACAAAUCAACAACAGGUACUUUCUCCCCCAGUACAAGAGGCUUCUCCUCAGGUGGAGACAUCUACAGCCCAGAUUCUCCAUCACCUUCAGCAACCAGCUGUGCCGACAGGGCGACUGAUCCAGAAUUCAUCGGGCCUCCAAGUGUUACCUAGUAUUCAGUAUCCUCUCCUCCGAGUGCCCAGUGGGCAGCUUUUCCCCGAAUCUCAGUUCAUCGGCACCCAGUUCUUAUCAGGACAGCGAGCAGACAAUGUUGUCGCAGUCCUGGGCACCCCAGUUGCAGGUUUCAUAGGCCAAUUUCAGUCCGAUUCUGUUCCACAGAUCGCCAUUGCCACGCCUACAUGUAUUUCAUCUCAGUCAGUUGGACAAGAACAUCAACAACAACAGCUGCAUCAGCAGCUUAAAUUUGAGCGUCAACAAACUGGUGUUCAACACCAGCUCCAGGAUCAUUUGCAGGUGCACCAACAAAAGCAAGUUCAGCAACAACCACAGCACCAGUUCCAGCAACAACAACAACAUCCCGUGAUACAACAACAGCAGCAGAUCCUGGCAUCUCCAGACUCUGUCGUUGCAGCAGAUGGAAGUACAGCACCUAUGCCUGUUAGCAUUCAGCUUGUGCAGCAGCGACUGCCGCAGGUACAAGCCGCAGAGGUGACACAGGGAGGGAUGGCGGUACCCCGCCUUAACCUGGAAACACUGGCUCAAAUCAUCGACCAUCCGAUAGCAGCAGCCCCUGGUGCCGUACAGGUUGUCUUCCCCACCGGUGCCCAGGCUGUCAUACCCAGUCAGGCAGAGGGGACGUCUGGGGUAACACCUCAGCCCAGUCUGGUGGUCCACGUCCCCAGCAUCAGUGGGAGCGGGGAUGCGCCCUUAACCUCCCUCUCACCCAGUCUCAUGCCGAUACAGUUCAUACAGAGUACAGGGCCCCUUGGUGUGCAGUCAGUCCGAGUGGAACAGGAUGGAGGUAAAAGUGAUGGAAUGAACCGUGGGGUCACACAGCAGAGUACAGAGGGGGCUGUGACAGGGGGAGAUAAUCCAGCAGAGCAGCGUCACACAGGGACUGAAGAGCUCAAUCAGGAGGCUGGGUGAGAAGACCAUAUUGGGCCUAAGAGCUGCAGAACAUGUGACAAUGAAAUCCUCAUAUUGCACCAAAAUGGUCAUCAGGGAUAAAUAAUGCAAACCGC